GCAGAGCUGGCAAACGAGUUUACGAAUCGUAGCAACAUUUAGUUGUGGACUUGACGAAGUGUAGAAUGCGUGAUCGUGUCGAUCGUUUCAAGUUCAAUUCGAGUUUCUUGUUAUUUUUUCCUACUGCAUCGUUAUACGUUUCGAAGGCGGUUUUCGAUCGGAUUAUUACGCGAGUGUACCUAUAUCGUUAAAACAAGUUACCCAUAAUGUUGAAUGUGUUAAAUUAUAGAAAAGUGUUGAAUAAAAAAAAUGAUGAAUAUGUGGUGCCAGUGUUGUAAGAUUCGCGCGUUCGAUGGUUCGAUGAUUUGUGUGCGUACGAUUUCGAUCGUUGCGAGUUUUUCUUUUACCUUUUAAGGUGAAAGAUCGUGAGUGAAGAAAAUGCGUCGCGCGCGUGAAAAUUUCAAAGUUUAAAUCAUGCAUUCCGGUUCGGCGUUUUUCGUAGCCAUUGUCGGUACCAUGCUAUUGAUAAUAUCCGGAAAAUCGCUCCGUUAUCAGGCGCCGGACGAGUGUAAAUGGUAUUCGGUUACGGCCGAUGGCGAACAAGAGGUUUCCGCCAAUUUGCCCGAUGACCAGGAGGUCGCCUUGGUGUGUCGUCUUCGGACGAUCAAUUCGGAAAUCGAGAAAACCAACUUGAGCGUUAUACAGCCUCAAUACACGGUGAAACUAAAAAUAGUGUGCAGUGAAAUGUUUUUCUUUAAAAGUUCCGUGAAUCCGGGUAGUUUUCAAACGCUAAUCGAUCUCAAAGAUUUAUCGCUCGAGUUUUGUAAAAUCGGUAAUGUGACCGCGGGUGCUUUUCGCGGGCUUCGCCAAUUACGAAAUCUCACUUUCAUCACGCAUAACGAUGAUUGGUCCGGUAUGAGCUUGGAAGUGUAUCCGAAUGUGUUCGCCGACGAUCUGCAUUUGCUGGAAAGGCUCGAUUUCAGCUGCAACAACAUACGCAGUUUACCUGAAGGUGUGUUUUGCCCUCUGCAGAAUCUACACUACUUGAAUCUCACCCGUAACAAGUUGACCAGCGUUGGUAAUUUCAUGUUCAACGAAAACAACGAGGUGUUGAAAUGCGGCGAAAAUCUACGCGUGCUGGAUUUAUCCAAUAAUACCAUCGACUCGUUACCUCAGAAAGUUUUCUCGCGUUUGAGCUUACUCGAAGAGCUUUAUUUGCAAGACAACGCGAUGACUGUGAUCGCUGAUCACGCGUUCGAUAAUUUGUCGUCGUUAUCGGUGCUGAACCUCGCUAAUAAUAAACUAGUCUACCUGCCUCCCGAGUUGUUCACCGAUACGAGGCAAAUAAAGGAAAUACAUUUGCAAAAUAAUUCCAUAACCAUGUUAGCUCCCGGAUUAUUCAACGAUUUGGGCAAACUUCUAGUCUUAGAUUUAUCGCAAAACCAAUUAACCGAAGAAUGGAUUAAUUCGGCCACGUUCAGCGGUCUUGCGCGAUUAAUCGUACUCAACCUGUCCGGCAAUAAUAUAACCAAACUGGACGCGUACAUGUUCCGCGACCUGUUUCAACUUCAAAUACUACGUUUAGAAAAUAACGCCAUUCAUUCCAUACCUGGUAAUACGUUCGCGUCGCUCUACGAAUUAACCACUUUGGUGCUGUCCAAUAAUAAAAUCAAACGAAUCGACGGUUUCACAUUCGCCAGCUUAUCCGGGCUAACGUUGCUGGCUCUGGAUAAUAAUCAAAUCAGCUACGUCGACGAUGAAGCUUUCCAUAAUUCCACCAAUAUGGAAGAUCUACAUUUGAACGGUAACGAGCUGGCGGAUAUUCCGGUCGCUUUGAAAAACAUUCCGAACUUGAAAACGUUGGAUUUGGGCACAAAUCGAAUUUCGCAAAUCUUAUUGACCUCGUUUCCGGUUAUGAAUCAGCUAGUCGGUUUACGUUUGACGGAAAAUAACAUCACCGAGGUUCGCAAAGGCGUCUUUGAUCAGCUGACCGAAUUGCAGAUCAUCAAUUUAUCCAACAAUAAAAUUCGUAAAAUCGAUCAAGGCACAUUCGACGCUAAUCUCAAAGUGGUUGCUAUACGUAUCGAUGGUAACUACCUGAUCGAAGUGGGCGGAUUAUUUUCCAAGCUGCCAAAUCUAGUCUGGUUAAAUAUUUCGGAAAAUUUUCUUGAAUGGUUCGACUACGCUUUGAUUCCAACUGGUUUGCAGUGGCUCGACAUACACGGUAACAAGAUCACCGAGCUUGGUAACCAUUUCGAAAUCGAGAAUCAACUUCAGCUCAGCGUAUUCGACGCCAGCAACAACAGGCUGACUGAGAUCACCGGCAGCUCAAUUCCAGACAACGUGCAAAGCUUGAACCUGGCCAAUAAUCAGAUCUCCAAAAUCCAAUCGUACGCGUUUUUCAAAAAAUACAAUCUUACCAAAGUCGACUUGGUUGGAAACCAGUUGAAAAUCCUGACUCCGCAUUCGCUUCGAAUAUCUUCAGUUCCGGCUGGCCGAACGUUACCCGAAUUCUACGUAGCCGAUAAUCCAUUCCAGUGCGACUGCACCAUGCAGUGGUUGCAAAGCUAUUCGGUCGAACCGGAACGAAAUAGACCAAUAUUAGCUGAUUUGAACGAGGUGAAAUGCGAGCUGCUGUAUAAUCGAGAGAAUUCCGUCGUACCAUUAAAGGAGGCUACAGCUGAUCAGUUCCUAUGUCGUUACGAGUUGGAGUGCGCCAAACGAAGUAUGUGCGAUUGCUGCGAUUUUGACGCCUGCGAUUGUAAAGUCGUAUGUCCGGCUAAUUGCACCUGUUACCAUAGCAUGUCAGCCAAUGCUAACGUCGUAUCUUGCAGUAAAUCCGGGUACCACGGCAGUAUACCAGAGAAAAUACCAAUGAAUGUUACACAGCUGUAUCUCGACGGUAACGACAUCAGGGUACUUUCCAGCCACAGUUUCAUUGGCCGAAAAUUACUCAAGGUGAUAUUCUUGAAUAAUUCCAACAUCGAAGUCAUCUAUAAUCGCACGUUUCAUGGUCUAAAAGAGCUCGAAAUUCUCAGACUAGAAAAUAACCGAAUAACAUCUCUAAAAGGUAACGAGUUCGAAGGUCUAGAUAAACUGAAGGAGUUAUAUUUACACAACAAUCGAAUCUCCAUGAUCCAGUCAAACGUUUUAAUAACUCCAUACGCACUCUCCACUCUACGUCUAGACCAAAACCACUUGACGCAGUUCUCAAUCUGGAAACUACCCUCGUCGCUCAAUACUGUCACCUUGGCCGACAACCCUUGGACAUGCGAAUGCCAGUUUGUUCAAAAAGUCCAAGAAUACCUGCAAUACUUGAAAAACACCAUCGUCGACAGCAAAGAGAUGAAAUGCUACAAUCAUUCGUACAAAUUCUCGUUUCCCAUCAUGUCAGACAAUAUCACCUCGUUCUGUGUCCAGGAAGCCAGUCAACUCUCCAAUAUCACCAGCAAUAUCAUCGAAGGCGCCCUCAACGGUAACCUGAGCUCAAACGAGUCCGAUUCCAAGCAAAACUUGCACCACUUUUUACCGAUAACUGUGAUCGCGAUUUCGUUAUUGUUCUUUUUCGGUAUAAUUGCAAUCGUCGUCUGUAUGUACAAAGAUGAGCUUCGUAUAUGGUUCUAUUCGAAAUUCGGUGUUCGUCUAUUUUACCCUACUAGUGAAAUCGAAAUGGAUGAUCGUGACAAGUUAUUCGAUGCGUUCGUGAGUUAUAGUGCGAAAGACGAGAUUUUUGUGGCCGAGGAGUUGGCGCCAAUACUCGAAAAUGGUGACCCUCCGUAUAAGCUGUGUCUACACUAUCGCGAGUUUCCUAUCGGCGGUUACCUCUCUGACACCAUUGUGCAAGCUGUCGAGUCGUCGCGGCGCACCAUUAUGGUGCUUUCGGAAAACUUCAUCAAAUCCGAAUGGAGCAGAUACGAGUUCAAAUCAGCUCAUCAUCAGGUUCUGCGCGACAGGCGAAAAAGACUGAUUGUAAUUUUACUCGGCGAGGUGCCAUUCAAGGAUCUAGAUGCCGACCUCAGGUUGUUCCUCAAACAUAACACGUACCUGCAAUGGGGCGAAAAAUUAUUUUGGGAAAGGUUACGAUUCGCUUUACCAGACGUGCCCAAUAACCAAAGGCUGAAAAACAACAGGCAUCGGCAUGUGCAUAUCAAUUCGCAUAAUCAUCAUCAUCAUUCGCUCCAUAGGCACCAUAAUCGUAAUAAUACGUCCAAUAGUAGAUCCGUCGCCAUACAUAUUUAGUGUAAAGAAUUUUUUUUAUUUUUUUUUUUCAAAAAAAAAUUUUAACGAUGUGCGUGUACAGUGUAAAUGUCUUGUGUAAAAAAAAACGCGAUUUCUUUUUGUUUUAUAAACGUAUUUUUAUGGAUUAUGUGCCAAAAAUCGGAUUGUCACGAUUCAAGGUAAUUUUUUAAUUGUUUUUAUCUCGCCAUAAUCAUUUAUUUUACCAUUUUUAUGACGAAUUUAUGUUUUCUAAAACAAAACAAAAAAAAAGAAAAAACUUUCAAAGAUGAAGUUUUAGUAUGAUUUUGAUUUUACCAUUUUAGUUACUUUUUUUUCUUUAGAUACUUGAAAAAGCAAUUUUUUUACAAAUGUUUUUAGUGCAUUUUUUCUUCUCUAUUUUAGACUGAUAUUUUUCAUUUAUUUUAUACCUAUUUUUUCUCAAAUGUAAAUAAACGAUGUAAAUAUCGAUUGAGAAGACGAAAAGAGUAAAAAUUCUCUAGUUCCUGUAGUUCUUACUUAUCAUCGUGUAUAAAAUUUUCUAAUAAGUAUAAAUAUCGUGUUUUGAACGUAACGUAUUCCUUUUUUAUUUUGAUAUGUACAUAAAUUUCUUAUUCUUCCUAUCGUCAUCCUUUUUUUAUAUUUUCAUAAUUUUUUGUACAUUUUUAUUCGAAUUUUUUACGUUUGUUUUAUGCUUUUACUUAUUUUUUUUUUUUUUGAAUUUUCUCUUUAUCAUUAGUUUAUUUGAGUACGUCAAGUGCUUACAAAAAUUGAUAACCAAUUGUGAUAUUAUUAAUAAUUAUGUAUGUAUGUGUUUUUUUGUCUUUUUUUUUCAACGCGUGUAUUUAUUUAUUUUCUUUUUUCAAAUAAACCCCAGGAAUGGGAUUUUCAUA